GGUUUGAGUCUCAUUUAAAAAACGAAUGAUACAUUUACCGUGUAAAAGUAUCCAAGUAUUUUUGUGAAAGAAUCUUCAAAUCAAGGGUGUUUAAUUUUUGCAAGAUUCGAACCCGUUGUUUCUAAUUUACGCUUGCUUUUACUCGCUGUAAGAAAACAUGGGGGAAACCGUAAGAAAAAUAUUUCAACCAACAAAUUGUAGGUGCAACUUGAGCGCCUAUUUUAGCCUUUGCUUUUUACUACUGGGAUUCACGGUUUCCUGGGUUAACGGCAAAGAUCCUGAAGUAUAUACUGACGCCUGUGCGAUUAAAGUGCAACGUUCGCGAAACAUGUACCUGAGCAACUACUCGGAACAUCCUGGCUGCGAAUGUGAUAUCAGUUCAAAAAUUGCCGCCCAAAUGUAUACCCAAAACCAAAGAUGUAGAAGCACGGCGGACAUCGAUGUCAAUGAUGUCCUUGUAUUUACUGUGGCAACCAAUGAGACUGAUGGUUACAAGAGGUAUAUUCGAUCAGCCGUUGUCAACGGCUUUCGAGACAAGAUCCAUGUGCUUGGAUUAGGUGAAACAUGGAAAGGAGGCGAUGUACAUCGCACUGUCGGUGGAGGAUUUAAGGUCAAUUUAUUUAAGGAACAGCUGCGCCCUUACAAGGAUGAUAAGGAUAAAAUAAUUUUAUUUACGGACGGGUAUGACGUUAUAUUUCUCAGUAGUCUUGAAGCUAUCGUGGAAAAAUUCAGGACAUUUGGUGCCAGAGUUCUCUUUUCUGCGGAGGAGUAUUGCUGGCCUGAUAAAUCUGCCGAGUCAAGAUAUCCAAGUGUGGGUCGUGGUAAACGGUACUUAAAUUCUGGUGGAUUUAUUGGCUAUGCAUCAGAUAUUUACGCAAUUUUAACCAGCUCCAAGCUCAGCGACGGAGAUGACGAUCAAAGGUUUUAUACCGGAUUGUACCUAGAUCGUGACUUCAGGGAAAAACAUCAAAUGAAAUUGGAUCACAGAUCAGAAAUAUUCCAGAAUCUGUUCGGUGGAGUUGCUGACGUUGAGCUGAGAUUCAAAGGAAAUGACGCUUAUCUACAGAACGUAGCUUACAACACUGUGCCGCUUAUUCUUCAUGGGAAUGGUCGCAGUAAAUUGGUAUUAAAUGCUCUUGGUAAUUACUUAGCAAAUGCUUGGAGUCCCGAAGAAGGGUGUUUAAACUGUUGGGACGAAAUGAUCGAAUUAGACAAGGCAAAGGUUGAGAAUUAUCCUGUGAUAAUGAUCUCUAUAUUCUUGGCCAACCCAACACCGUUUUUAGAGGAGUUUCUUGAGAAAAUUUAUAAACAGGCCUACCCUAAGUCUAAGCUUCAUUUGUUCAUAUACAACAAUGUUCCUUAUCAUUCCGAACUUAUUAACGAGUUCGUCGAAUCUUACGCACACGAGUACAAAAGCGUAAAACAAAUAUUACCACAAGAUGAUAUAUCCGAAGUCAGAGCUAGAGAUUUCGCUUUUGAACACUGCCUGCUUAAAAAAUGUUCUGGAUUACUUUCAAUCGACUCGGAAGCUCACUUGGACAACCAGAAUGCAUUGAAAUUAUUGGUAGAACAACAGCGAGGAAUAGUAGCGCCGCUACUCGUCAGGCCUUACAAAGCUUGGAGCAACUUUUGGGGCGCUCUUACAGACGAUGGCUUUUAUGCCAGAAGUUCGGAUUACAUGGAAAUCGUACAGAACGAACGAAGAGGCUUGUGGAACGUACCAUUUGUCAGCAACUGUUACCUGAUAAAUGCUUCGCUUAUAAAUAAUAAGGAGACGCGGCCAUCAUACUCCGUGGGAGAUUUGGACGUGAGCAUGUCCUUCGCUUACAGCAACAGGGAGAAAGAUAUCUUCAUGUAUGUUAGCAACAGGGUUGAAUUCGGGCAUCUAGUUAGUCCUGAUAACUUUGAUACCAAGCUGACGAACCCAGACCUAUAUCAAAUAUUCGAUAACAAAUUAGACUGGCAAAAGAGAUACAUUCAUGAGAAUUACACGGAAAAUUUCAAUCCCAAUAAGACUCCAAUCCAGCCCUGUCCCGAUGUAUUCUGGUUUCCAAUUGUUACGACUCGAUUUACAAAAGAACUGAUCGAAAUAAUGGAAGCAUUCGGUCAAUGGUCCGAUGGUACAAAUUCUGACCCACGACUCGAUGGGGGUUACGAGGCUGUGCCGACACGUGACAUUCACGCAAGUCAAGUUGGUCUUGACGAGACGUGGCUAGAGUUUCUUAAGGAAUAUGUCAGUCCCCUCCAGAAAAUGGUUUAUCUGGGAUAUGAGGAUUACCCACCGAGGUCCCUGAUGAAUUUCAUGGUCAGAUAUCGUCCCGACGAGCAGCCGUCACUGCGUCCUCAUCAUGAUUCUUCAACUUACACAAUUAACAUUGCUCUGAAUAGAGCAGGAAUCGAUUACGAGGGAGGUGGCUGCAGAUUCAUUCGUUACAACUGUUCCGUAACAGACACAAAGCCUGGAUGGAUGUUGAUGCAUCCUGGAAGACUCACUCAUUAUCACGAAGGUUUGCUGGUAACUAAAGGUACAAGAUAUAUUAUGAUAUCUUUCGUCGAUCCUUGAACAUAUCGUAUUUCUAUCAUUAUUAAUUACGAAGUAUGAUUAUUCACACCUAUGGAAAAGAUCUGGGAAAAUGAUGAUAUUAAAGGAAAACUUUUUUUCUGUU